ACACUGCAUUGCGUUGCAUGCAAAUCGAAGAUCGUAGAGAACAAUCGACGAUCGAUGGCGAAGCAAGGUGUUGCUUCCGUGCUUGCAAUGGCGCUGGUCCUUGUUUUCCUGGCAGCAUUCCCUACAGAGUGCAGUUCUCACCGGGCAGCUAACCCCAGCGGACAUACAAAAGCAGGGGUGCACUCCAUCGGCGUGUGCAACGGCGUGAUCGGCAACAACCUGCCCGCGCCCAGCGACGUAGUCAAGCUCUACAAAUCCAAGGGCAUCAACGCCAUGCGCAUCUACGCGCCGGAGAGCAACGUCCUCAAGGCGCUCAGUGGCACGGGCAUCGGCGUCCUCAUGGACGUGGGCAACGGCGUGCUCCCCAGCCUCGCCAACGACCCCUCCGCUGCGGCCGCCUGGGUCAAGGCCAACGUGCAGCCCUACCCGGGCGUCUCCUUCCGCUACAUCGCCGUCGGCAACGAGGUCAUGGACAGCGACGGCCAGAAGACCAUCCUCCCAGCCAUGAAGAACCUGCAGGGAGCGCUCGCCGCGGCCGGCCUCGGCGGCCGCGUCAAGGUGUCCACGUCGGUACGGUUUGACGUGGUCACCGACACCUUCCCGCCCUCCAACGGCGUGUUCGCGGACCUUGACUACAUGGGGCCCAUCCUGGACUUCCUGGUGAGCACCGAUGCGCCGCUGCUGGCCAACGUGUACCCCUACUUCGCCUACAAGGGUGACCCGAAGAAUAUCAAGCUCAACUACGCCACCUUCGCGCCGGGCACCACCGUGAACGACGACGGCAACGGCCUGACCUACACUAACCUCUUCGACGCCAUGGUCGACUCCAUCUACGCCGCGCUGGAGGACGCCGAGACGCCGGGCGUGAAGGUCGUCGUGUCCGAAAGCGGGUGGCCGUCGGACGGCGGGUUUGGAGCGACGGCCGAGAACGCACGGGCGUACAACCAGGGGUUGAUCAACCACGUCGGUAAUGGCACACCCAAGAGGUCCGGUCCGUUGGAGACGUAUGUCUUCGCCAUGUUCAAUGAGAACGAGAAGAAAGGGGAUCCGACGGAGAACCACUUUGGGCUGUUCAAUCCCGACAAGUCGCCGGCCUACUACAUGCGCUUCUGACGAGUGCAGGAAACCCUGAAUAUUUUCUGUUCCAAUAAGCUGCAAUGCAAGUCAACCACCCCUGUGUGUGUUUUAAGUUCUAACUUAUUUUAA